AUGUGCUGCAGGUUCGAGAUCCUCGGGACCCUCAUACUUCUCUUUCAAGCCUUUGUCAGACGGCAAUCACAGUCGCAGGACGACGACGAAUCUCCGUACCUGGCUGAGAAACCCAUCACCACCCGCCUCGCCCUCACCACCAUUAACGUCAAAGUCAACAUCAGCAUCAAGUCCGCCACCAUGCUCCACGAAAUUCUCCUGUCCCUCUCAGGACACCCUUCACCUCUCUUACAACAAGCCGCAGCCACCUCCACAACCCCCAAUGACUCCCCGCUAAACUCAGCCCUCACCCCGCCCGAACGCGCCCUCCUGUCCAAGCUUGCCAGCCUUUCACAACUACACAUCAACCUGCUCUCUCAUACAGCUCGCAUUAGCACGUCUCACCCCUCCAUAAUAUGUCGUGCUAUCGCUACCGCCAUCCGGAAUGACCACCUGGCUGCCUUUCAGUGCAAGGUGCUGCAAGUGGAGGAGACAAUACUAAAGAAGGAUGCCGCACUUGUGGGCGCCUACAACAUUGUGCCGCUGACGGCGGUGGUUGGCGAGUUCGACGAGUGGAACAGACGCAUGGAAUGGCUAUGGAGCUUUGUAGAGCUGUUGAUGAAGGGGAUGAAGGAGAAUGCCGAGAAUGUCGACCAGAUGGAGUGGGAAGGGAGUCAACCCCGUGACUUGACUCAUCGGCCUGCCCACAAGGGGCACAGUAGUUCGUCGACCAGGAGACGUGAGCCGCCAGUGCAUUCAGGCCCGAUGGUGAUCAACCGGCUGAGAGAGCUGAUGCAGACCGGAUAUAAAGAUAUUGAAGAAGUGGUCAAGAGUCUGGUCAAGGUGGCCGAGACAGCGUGGCUGAAACAAGUCUCUGCGUGGGUGUUGUAUGGGCGGUUGCCAGACUUCGGGGCUGAUGACUUCUUCGUAUGGAGGGAGGAGGAUGAUGAUGGCGAAGAACAGUUCCUGUGUGUGCAAGAGCUUCUUCCCAAGUUCGUGACGCCAUCUACGGCAGCCUCUAUGCUUUUCAUCGGGAGGUCAUUGCGCCAGAUCCGCGCCAAGAGUGUGGAGGACUCCAGUCUCAGGGGGACGGAUCACCUCUCAACGCAACUUGCCAAGCUUUCGACCAUUUCGCAUCCGAUUGACCCGGCAACCUUUUCAAAUACCAUUACCGAGAUCAGACAAUACCUCUCAAGAACCACUCUGGCGCAACUGCUCCCCCUCAGCGAUGUGGAGAAGUAUCUUCAGCUUCUUCGGGACUUUUUCCUUCUUCGGCGCGGAGAAUUUGCCAUGGCACUCACCCAGCAAGCUGAUGAGAAGAUGCGCAGCCGAUGGCGGCGAGCCGAAAACUUGUCUGCUUAUGAAAAGUCCCGCGAUAGUGGCGGUGCUCCAGCGGGUGGCAGUCACGGCAUUGUUGUUGUCAAGGAGGGUGAAGUGGCCGGCGUGCUCACCCGCGUAUGGCAAGCAAUGGGUGCUCUUCAAGGGGAAUUUCAGUCUGAGGAGGACGAGGGGUUGGAACUUGCCAGGGAUCAUGUCCGGUUGACCAUCUCUAAGACCGCCACGGACAACUCUUCCAGAACGAUGACGCCCACAGCCGCCGCCGUAGCUGAGGAAAUCGGGUCGUUGAAGAUUGCCAAGACACCGUUCCGCAACCUCCUGUUCUCGGCCCCGACCAUCUUGACAAUGAACAUACCCUCCCCACUGGACUUAUUUCUCAGUUCUCAAGAUGUCCAAACAUACACGGCUAUCAACAGCUAUCUCUUAUCGCUGCGCAGGGCACAUCUUCGGUUGACAGAUCUGUGGAAGAUUACUAGUCUGAGACGGCAUCAUCCGGCACCUCCGCGCAUAGGCAGGAGCAGAAUGCGUGUCAAGGCGCUUAGAGAACGAGUUGGGAAGCGGGAGAAGACACUACGCACUGCGUGGGCUACCGCCAGCGCGGCCAUUUUCUUCCUAGGCGAGACGGAAGCAUAUUUUCAGGGCGAAGUGGUGGAGGGCCUGACUGAGGGCUUUGAGGACUGGCUGCACGGUGGCAGCUGCAACAGGACUUCUGAUGAGAAGAAGAAGGAUGGGACUGAUGGGAGGAGAAGCAGAGCUUCUACCGGCAAAAGUCUGACCAGAAGAAGAGGGAGAGAUUCGAGGCUAUCCAAGCGUAGCUUCGGUUCAAAGAGGACUUGGGAUGGCGAUGUCUCCAUGGGCGGUUAUGACGAUGAUGACGACGACGAUGACGUUGACAUGAUUGAGGAUGAGGAUGAGUCUCAUGCCGAGGGGGAUCUCGACGAGUCCGAUGUUUGGCUUAACACCGCCGCCAACCCUCCUCUUGCACCUGCCAAUUCUAAUGACCCUAACCACCAACCCCGUGACCCCCAGACCCUCGCUACCGCUCAUCGGGUCUACCUCCGCGCCUUACUUAGACGCCUUUUGCUUACCCUCGAAUCCUUUACCGAUCCUUUAUACGAACUACUCGUCAACAUCGAUCACCUGGUCGCGUUAAUGCAUCGCUUACAGCAAGUCUGGGCAGCCACCGAUCUUGAGGAAGAUGAGGAGCGUGACCUUGCUGCACAACUCCAAACGGUUGCCAACAAAGUUAAGAACGGCAUCAUGGAAGUCGUACAGGAGCUCAAGAGGAUCGAAACAUCGCCUUUCUCGUCAUCAGAUGCCUCUGGCCGUGCGAGCGGUCUCGAGGAGGGAGAGGAAGAAGAGGAUGACGGAGCCGAUGAUUAUCUCCUUGUCGACGACGUCCCUGAUACGGUCCAAGCUGGUCGGAAAAGGAAGAGGGGGUGGAGGUCGGAAGAAGCUGGCAAGGGAAAGAUCAAAGAGGCGGGAGAAUAUGUGCCUAGACGGGUGGGUGGUGUGGACAGACUGUUGGUCAAGCUUGUCUUUGGCGGUUGGUUCUCGGGCGGGGGGGACCAAGGUGGCGGCGGCCUGGAUGGGGUGGUGGAAGGCGACGAAGACGAGGGACAUGAUAAAAAAGGAGGCUACAGCUACUAG